AUGAGCAAUACACCUCAAGCUGAACUCUGGAUCAGUGCUGCUUCUCCCCUACUUACCUACUCUCCUUCCAAAGGGGAAACUAGUGGAAGCUCAUGGACCCAACUUUCAGAUGGAAGUAAACAAUGUUUGGGGCAAGAACAAUUCUCCAUUGAAUUACCAGAGUUCUAUUUCACAAAUAUAGCUUUCAUUCAUGUUCCAACUGCAGCUUAUCAAAUUACAAUUGGUCUGGGUGGAUCUUCAGAUAAGAGGUCUGGAAAAUCAGGCAUGGUUAGCUUGUCUAUCACAUUUGGGACCCAUUCUGCAAAAUUAGAAUGUCAAGCAGAAACCCCAGAGACUUUCACAUUUUAUGGUGUCCAAGUGCAAACACAAGUAGUAGUAUCUGGGAGUGCAAGUAACAACACAAUUGAUGAUGCUUCCUCACAGAUCAAGUAUAAUGGCUUUCAAUCUACCCCUGCUUCAAAAUCUGAUGUAUCUGCCCUUCAAAAUGGUAAUUUCUAUGAGAGGACAGUUAGCUACACAUCUUCUGGAGGUGCAUCUGCCUUGUUUGCCUGUCAAGGCAGUGCUUUUUAUAUCAUGGGAAUGACUGGGCCUGGUUUUGGUUCUUAUCAAGUAUCAGUGGACUCCAAAGUAGUUGGAACAUAUAAUGCCUCUACUACUAUAGAGACUUACAACACCCUUCUGUACUUCACAACUUACUUAGAUCCAUCACAAGUACACCAGAUAUCCAUCAUCAAUCAGUAUGAUGGCUUGUUGUUUGCUUUGGAUUAUGUGAUAUGUGUCACAUCAGGAUCACCAGGAAAUCAAAGCAGUCCUACAGCCACAGCUACUGCCUCAAAUUCAGGUGCAACAGCAGUGUUUCCUAGUCAAGGUACAAGCACAAAUUCAAGCACCAGUGAAGAUAGUGGUGGAGCUGUGAUUGGAGGUGUUUUAGGGACAUUGGGAGGAUUGUUCUUGCUAUGGGUUCUAUGGAGAUACAAACAAUGGAAAAAAGCAGGAGGAGAUGGUUCUUUCAUGGCUGCUUUAUGUGGUGGUAUGAGAAUGAAGAAAGAAUCUAAGAAAGAGGAAAAUAAAUUCCAUCUUUGGCCAAUGGUCUGGUCAAGGCCUAAGUAUUCCACAUAA